GGCUUGUCUACAGCUGAGAGAGGCCAAUGAUCUGAACUUCCUCAGUCUGCAGAGCAGCAGGUUGGCUGCUCUGAACCCAUGCUGCAACUCUCGACUGCUACCAGCCGACGUAAGAGACACUCAGGAGGAAUCUUAGUUCAGAAGAGCCUCCAUCUGGCUCUUAAGCUCAACAAAACCACUGACAAGAGUGACUGGUGCCCAUUCCUGCUCUGACUCUCAUCCGGUGGGAGUGUGGUGGUCACCAUGGCAACCACCGAGCCUCAGGGUAACCUGGGAAAACUGAGGUUUGGCCCCAGUGACAGCCUGAUCGCUAUGUUCAGGGCCUGCUCCAGAGAUCCAACCGAGGCCAUUAAAGCCAGACUGAGACGUAUGCUGCACACAUUUCUGCAACACCACCGGGACAAUGCAAGAAAUGAGACGACCAACGAGUUGGCAGCAAAGUGCGGCUGUGAAGCGGGGAUCUGGUAUUACAGGAUCCUGGAGAACCAUGCCAGCCAAGAGAGGAAAAGACUGGGCAUCAGCGACAUCUCAGCCAUCUUGGAGAAUGAUCUUUUCCACUGCUGUCUGGUGGCCUGUUGUCUGGAGAUGACCAUAUCCUCAAACCGUCUGCCUUGUGACUUCCUUCUCCUCCUUCAGAUCCUGAAACUGGCUCCGUACCACCUCUGGAAGGUGAUUGAGCUGGUGUUGCGGGCUGAAGUGGGCCUGCCUCGUGCUGUGUUCACACACCUCGCCCAAGUGGAAGAGAAAGUGCUUGAGAGCUUGGCCUGGACCAGUGACUCACCGCUGUGGGAAGAACUCAGACCCAACGAGGGCCAUCUGCCGACCUGCCAACAGGUGAUGCCUCCUACACAGCUUGAAGAUCCAAAGACUACAGACUUGCAACCUGACCGAAACCUGCCAGCAGUGGGUCUUGGUUCGGGAGCUGACCUGUCUGCCGGCACUGACCAACAGCAUUCCCCGUCAGCUGUGAACAGGCCUCGGAGAUGCAACUCUCUCCACAUGUUUGCUCGUAAGGUUUACAGCCUGAUGGGCAGGCGUCUGAGGGAGCUGUGUUCCACACUGGACAUUUCUGAUGAUCUGCGGUUGAAGAUCUGGACCUGUUUUGAGCACUCUUUGGUCUACUGCACUGACCUCAUGGUAGACCGACACCUGGACCAACUGCUCAUGUGUGCCAUCUACAUCACUGCGAAGAUUACCAAGGUGGAGGUACCCUUCAAACACAUAAUGAAGUGCUACAAGUCUAAGCCACUUGCCAACAAAAGUGUCUGCAAAAAUGUGCUGAUUUCUGGAAGAGAGACAGAAAAUGAUCUCACUGGAAACAACAAUAAUGGUGACCAAAGCGACGGUAUCCUGACCCCCAACACACCAUCAACACAUUAUCCGGGACCUUGUCAGGAGGAGAGGGGCAACCUUAUUUACUUUUACAACCAGGUCUACACAACAAAGAUGGAGCACUUUGCCAAGCAGUUUGCCCCAACCCCUGCAGGAGACACCCCUCCUUUGUCUCCAUACCCCAGACAGUGGAAAGUAUCUCCUCGCAGGCGCAGGCUGUCCCCCAGCUACCCCAUCUUCAUUUCACCAUACAACCCAGAAACCACUUUACCCCGUACAACCGGACUCUGCUACUACUUCAACUCAAGCCCCCCAGAGCGUCUGCGUGAGAUCAAUAACAUGGUCAGGACGGGCAGGUCAACCAACAGGCGAAGCUUUGGGGUAUCUUUGGAUACAGAAGAGGAGGAGGAGGAAGUAGAGGUGGAGGAAGAAGGUGGUCCUUCAGCAAAGAGGCUUCAUUUGGAUGAGUCAGCCUGGCAUAGGCGACUAAGGAAUGUGGUGAAUGAUCGCGUGACAAGAAGGGACCAGGACCAACCCUCUCCAGUUACAAAGCCGAACCUGCACUAGAGCAGAGAGGAGUCUCACUCUGCUCCUGUUUCUGAGACUGUAACAACAGUGUUAAAAGAGCAGCACAGAGCAGCUUUGUCAUUGUCUUCCAGUCUAAGCUAACAUUAUGCCUUUUUUCUCUUUUGUUCUGCAUUAUGUCUGACAUAUAAGGUACUUAGCCCUCAGCUCAGUGGCCAGUGGUAGAAGAUUGUCAUUGUCCUGGGCAGCUGUCUGGUUGAAGUGUAUGAAUUUAAUGUAGGGCAUAGCUGGAAAGUGCUCAGUUGACCUCCCUUGGAUAAAUAAAGGUUAGACUGAGAAAGGAUAAUACAGUACCAACUGAACUGCAAUUAAAACAGGGACAAGCUUGUCUGCCACUCACAGGGUUCAUGGGGACGAGCUUCACCAGUGUCUAUGGCCUUCAUGAAUACUUGAUUGUAAUUGACUAGAUUCUGAUUAAGUGAGGGAUGAUACUAAGUGUUCAUUGCAAGCCACUCUAAAGCAAUUUUUAAUGUGUUUCCCUGUUUUUAUCCUAUAAUGAUGCUUUCUUAUCUUUUAAAAUGUUCCAAUAUUCAAGUUGAAACAGUUGAAAAAAGUGAAACUUGAUUCUUUACUUCUUCGCAGGAAUGAAGGGAAAGUGAAGAAGUUACAUCAGCAUUAUUAAAGUUUAUUCAAUGGUACUUGAAGUAUGUAGAAACUAAUAAAGCUGUCUGAAUAAUAAUAGUUUCACAUGGGGGGCUGCAUAGUUUUAUUGACUGAUUCCUGGGUUUUCCUAACUCACUUCCUAAAUAGAUGAUUUUACAUUUUUGUAAAAAAAAAUAAAAAAAUAAAAAAAAAUGUAUUAAAACAUUAUGGAUAAUCUUUAAUUUAAAAAAAAAAAAUUUUGUUAAAUCAAAAUCAUGUAUUCUUCCAAGUAAACAAUAAACUGAUACAUACAAGCAUACUGUAUAUAACAAGGAUCUUGUAUUGGUGUCCCCACAACAUUCUGAUUAAAUCAUUCUCUUUGUUCUGUGGUGAAAUUAUCACAGACUUUACCCCCAAAGACAGUUUGGACUCUGGACUGAAUUUCUACUUUAUACUGUAUGUAGUUCUCUGUUCGAAGGGAGCUGGUUUACACUCAGCAUUCUGGCCUCACU